UGGUGUGGCGCCUCUCUCUGGACUCGGCUCUAGUGCCCUAUGCUCGCCUCACCUUGCACUUGGGUGCCGCUGCAGCCUCCCAGCCCGAAGCCACCCCGAGACCCCAAACGAGGCAUUUCCCAGGCCUAGUCCUUAAGGCCGGUCGCAGCCUGACCUUUCUCCCCACUUAGCCCUUUGGCUGCCUCCCACUUCCAAUAGGACUCACUCCUCUUCCCCCCACAUCCUUAGCAACUGCGUGUCCCCACCACCCAUCCAGCUGCUCUGCUCCGCCGCUGGACACAGGCGUGCGUCCCCAGCCCUGGCUCUCAGCAGUUUCCACCCCUCUCGGCUCGCCGGGCGGGGGCGGGGCAGAGCCUCACGCGAAGCCAGAGUGAGUGGCCUGUGCUGAGCAAUGCGGUAGGGAGGAGGGCUUAUUUUGAGGCAAAUUUCCUCUGUUUGGGGUCCAACCUCGCAUUUUGGGGUGACACUGCUCAGAGGCUCAACAAUCCCAGGUCUUAUCGUCUGCUUGCAUCCAGGCUCCCACUGCCGACGCUUUCCAGGCCUCUUGCAAGAAGUCACCCACGCCCACCCGUCACAAACUACACAAACUCACGGAGGGUAACUCACCAGGUCUGUGACAAGCAGGGAACAAGGCAACGACGGCGCAGCCUGGCCCCGGCUCACGGACGCUGGCGACUCAGACAUGGACAGUAGCUGCCACAACGCGACUGCCAAAAUGUUAGCUACUGCUCCGGCCCGGGGCAACAUGAUGAGCACCUCCAAACCCUUGGCUUUCUCCAUCGAACGAAUCAUGGCGCGCACCCCAGAGCCCAAGGCCCUGCCCGUCCCCCACUUCCUUCAGGGAGCCGUGCCCAAGGGGGACCCCAAGCACUCGUUGCAUCUUAACUCGCCGAUCCCCUGCAUGAUCCCCUUCGUGCCUGUGGCGUACGACACGAGCUCCAAGGCAGGAAUGACGGGCUCGGAGCCGCGGAAGGCGAGUCUGGAGGCGCCGGCCGCACCGGCGGCAGCACCCGCAGCGCCCGCGUUCAGCUGCAGCGACCUGCUCAACUGCGCGCUGAGUCUCAAGGGCGACCUGGCCCGCGACGCGCUGCCGCUGCAGCAGUACAAGCUGGUAAGGCCGCGUGUGGUCAACCAUUCUUCCUUCCACGCCAUGGGAGCCCUGUGCUACCUGAAUCGGGGUGACGGCCCGUGCCACCCGGCAGCCGGCGUUAACAUCCACCCGGUGGCCUCCUACUUCCUCAGUUCCCCUCUGCACUCUCAGCCAAAAACGUAUUUAGCUGAAAGAAAUAAACUGGUGGUCCCGGCGGUGGAGAAGUACCCCUCGGGAGUAGCUUUCAAAGACUUGUCCCAGGCUCAGCUGCAGCAUUAUAUGAAAGAAAGCGCCCAGCUUCUGUCGGAAAAAAUCGCGUUCAAAACUUCUGACUUCAGCCGAGGCUCUCCUAAUACCAAGCCCAAAGUUUUCACUUGCGAAGUGUGUGGAAAGGUCUUUAACGCACACUAUAACUUAACCCGUCACAUGCCAGUGCACACAGGAGCCAGACCCUUCGUUUGCAAAGUGUGUGGCAAGGGCUUCCGGCAAGCCAGCACCCUGUGCAGGCACAAGAUCAUUCAUACCCAGGAAAAACCUCACAAAUGUAACCAGUGUGGCAAAGCAUUUAAUAGAAGUUCCACUUUAAACACGCAUACCCGGAUACACGCAGGCUACAAACCGUUUGUGUGUGAAUUCUGUGGCAAAGGAUUUCAUCAAAAAGGGAAUUACAAAAACCACAAGUUGACCCACAGCGGGGAGAAGCAGUUCAAGUGCAAUAUCUGCAACAAGGCUUUCCACCAGGUUUACAACCUCACCUUCCACAUGCACACUCACAACGACAAGAAGCCCUUCACGUGCCCCACGUGUGGUAAAGGCUUCUGCAGGAACUUUGACCUCAAGAAGCACGUCCGCAAGCUACACGACAGCAGCCUGGGGCUGGCCCGCACGUCCGCCGGGGAGCCUGGCACGGACCCGUCGCCCCCUCUACAACAGAUGCCGCCUGCCACCCUGCCUCCUCUUCCGCCGCCGCUGCCGCCUCCCCCCGGUCCCCUGCAGCCCGGGCUCCACCCGGCCCACCAGUGAUCAAGGCCAAAGUCCCUUCCGAGCCCCAUUCGGGUCCCCACUACCGAGGCAGCGGGGGAAAUAGAGCUGGUCCUGAAGACCCCAGGGCGUGUUGGGCCCCACGUGUUAGCGCCUAUCAGAAGCCUCUGCAUUUCCCCGGCCUUGGCCUCUUGCAUGCACCUCCUAAAUGGUUCUGUGUAUUAUAUCCUAUAUACGCACUAACGAUUAUGAGAAAAUUGGGGGUUUUGUUUUCUGAUUUUUUUUUAAUUUGGAAAGACUUCAUCUCAGGUGGAGAGAUGGUGUUUUGUUUUGUUUUGUUUUUUAACAAAAUUCUGCUGUAUUUAUUGAGAUCUGUAUUAUCCUACCCGGGAAUGCUGCACCAUUUUAAUUUUAUUAUUGUAUAUAUUUCCAUUGUGUUACUCUGCGGUCUCAAGAUGCCUGCCGAUUGUUAUCAUUUCCUCUUUCCCCGAGGUAACAAGACACUGUGUGUAUGUUAUAUAUACACGCAAAGAUGUGUGUGCCUGGAAAGGUACAUUCCACAGUCGUGAACACACACACACACACACACACACACACACACACAUUAGAGAAAGGUGGUUCAUUAUGGAUGAAUUUGAAUUUUGGUUUUGAAUCUUGCACGUGAAAAUUGAUUCAUUGACUGUUGGAAAUAAAUACUUGGAACAUGCUUAUUUAAUCAACAAA